GUUUUGAUCUUGCAUGAUAUGACUGCUUGAUAAUAGUACAUAGACUGUUCGCAUUCACUCUGCAUGUGGGGGUGUCCGUCUAGCCGCUAUUCAAAUAUGCAAGAUACGUGGUGCCAAAGUAUCUAAGGCGAGAAGCAUUACUCCCCGUCUUUCCUAACGAAUGAGAACAAUCUAUGCAACUGUUGGAACUCAACUGGAAAGGGAACUAUCUCGUGCAUAAUUUGGGCAUCCACUCUUCCCAUGUAUUUGCUUCCAGGAGCACAAGCUUUCUUCACUCCGUAUUGGAAGCAACAGGUGGACGCGGCGUGAAUAUUGUUCAGAAUUCGCUCGCUGGACCCUUGCUGCAUGCCUCGUGGGCGUGCGUUGCCCCAUUUGGAAGGAUGGUUGAAAGUAGGGAAGCGGGACUUUCUCCUAAACGGCAUGCUCACUCUGAAGCCAUUUAUCCGAAACCGUGCCUUUCUUGGUGUCGACCUGCUCCAGAUAAUCUUGAGAAUGGGGUGAUAUAUGGCAAGUCAGUAUUCCGAGCAUCAGACCGUCAUUGAUUUGCAGGCUAGUACCUCAGACAGCGUAAUUUAUAAAUUCACGGCAUUAUAUACCCAGGGCGAUAUCCCUCCCAUUUACCCGGUCACAGUGUUUGAAGCCAGCGACAUAGUAGAAGCCUUCCGGUAUAUGCAGCAAGGCAACC